GGUGAACAUUCUCCUAAGACCAUGUCUCUCCGAUUUUCUAGCGGAUCCAGGCAUGUUUGCUUACGAUCUGGAACUGGAUCUAUCAGACCACCCAGUGGAGGGGCAGGCUUUGCAGGCAACAACGCAUGUGGUAGCUCUGCUACCGGAAGUGGUUUUUCCUGCGCCCUUGGUGGGGGUUUGAGCAAUGUGUCUGGUGGAAGCCAUACUGCUGGAGCCCUUGGAAAUGCAGCUUGUGUUGGCUUUGCUGGAAAUGAAGGGGGACUGCUCUCUGGAAAUGAAAAGGUGACCAUGCAGAACCUCAAUGACCGUUUGGCAUCCUACCUGGAUAACGUGCGGGCUCUGGAGGAAGCAAAUGCCGAACUGGAGAGAAAAAUCAAGGGUUGGUAUGAAAAGUAUGGUCCUGGAUCUUGCCGUGGACUUGAUCAUGACUACAGCUUAUACCACAUGACCAUCGAGGAUCUUAAGAACAAGAUUAUCUCUUCCACUACUGCCAACGCCAAUGUCAUUCUGCAAAUUGAUAACGCCAGACUGGCUGCCGAUGAUUUCCGGCUAAAGUAUGAGAACGAGCUUGCCCUUCACCAAAGUGUUGAUGCUGACAUCAAUGGGCUGCGGCGAGUCCUGGAUGAGCUGACCUUGUGCAGGACUGACCAUGAGCUGCAGUAUGAAUCCCUGAGUGAGGAGAUGACGUAUCUAAAGAAGAAUCAUGAGGAGGAAAUGAAGGCGCUGCAGUGCGCCGCUGGGGGCAACGUGAACGUGGAGAUGAACGCGGCCCCCGGGGUGGACCUCACGGUCCUCCUGAACAACAUGCGAGCAGAGUAUGAAGAGCUUGCGGAUCAGAACCGCAGGGACGCCGAGGCCUGGUUCAACGAGAAGAGCGCCACCUUGCAGCAGCAGAUUUCUGAUGAUGCUGGCGCAGCCACCUCGGCCAGGAACGAGCUGAUGGAAAUAAAGCGCAGCCUGCAGACCCUGGAGAUCGAGCUGCAGUCUCUCCUGGCGACGAAACACUCCCUGGAGUGCUCCCUGACCGAGACCGAAGGCAACUACUGCACACAGCUCACACAGAUCCAGGCUCAGAUCGGGGCCCUGGAGGAGCAGCUGCACCAGGUCAGAACCGAGACCGAGGGCCAGAAACUCGAGUACGAGCAGCUGCUCGACAUCAAGGUUCACCUGGAGAAGGAGAUCGAGACCUAUUGCCGCCUGAUAGAUGGAGAUGGAAAUUCAUGUUCCAAAUCCAAGAGCUUUGGAUCAGGAAAUUCAGAGAAUACCUCUAAUGACUUACCCAAAACCACUCUGGUAAAGACAGUGGUUGAAGAGAUAGAUCAACGUGGCAAAGUUCUUUCAUCAAGGGUUCAUUCUAUUGAAGAAAAGACAUCCAAAAUUACCAAUGGCAAAACAGAA